UCUUCUUUCCAAAAUCCUCUCGCCAGCCAGAAGAGAUGAUUAACACUCACUACCCACCACUUUCUUGAAAGAAGUCCUGAAGGUGCCACCGCAGGCACACCAGGAGGGCUCUCCUGUUCUCUUCACAAAUGCAUUAGGUCACAGGUAAGAUGGCGGGCGCUGGGCAGCGCAAAGGGAAGAAGGAUGACAACGGCAUCGGCACCGCCAUCGACUUCGUGCUGGCCAACGCGCGGCUGGUGCUGGGCGUGGGCGGCGCCGCCAUGCUGGGCAUCGCCACGCUGGCUGUCAAGAGGAUGUACGACCGGGCCAUCAGCGCUCCCAGCAGCCCCACUCGCUUGAGCCAGUCGGGAAAGAGAAGCUGGGAAGAGCCAAACUGGCUGGGCUCCUCCUCGCGGCUGCUGACCCAGGACAUGAAGACCAGCCUCAGCCGUUCCCUGCAGACCCUUCCCACUGAUCCUUCACCUGCAGACGCAGACGUUUUUCGACCCACAAAGCCCAAGCCAUCUGCCAAGAGGAGUCAGGUGGAGCUGAAGAAGUCCCGCCUUCGCCUGUCCCUGCAGGAGAAGCUGUUGGCGUACUACCGGCGGCGGGUGGCGAUCCCGGCGGACGAGCAGGCUCGUGCCAAGCAGGCAGCUGUGGAUAUCUGCACGGAGCUGCGCAGCUUCCUGCGGGCCAAGCUGCCCGACAUGCCCCUGCGCGACAUGUACCUCAGCGGCAGCCUCUACGAUGGCCUGCAGGUAGUGACAGCUGACCACAUCCAGCUCAUUGUCCCUCUCAUGCUGGAGCAGAACCUGUGGUCAUGUAUCCCGGGGGAGGACACCAUCAUGAACAUUCCUGGCUUCUGCUUGGUGCGUCGAGAAAACCUGGAGUACUUUCCUCGCGGGAGCAGCUACUGGGACCGCUGUGUGGUGGGAGGUUACCUUUCCCCCAAAACUGUAGCAGAUACCUUUGAGAAAGUUGUAGCUGGGUCCAUCAACUGGCCAGCAAUUGGGAGCCUCUUGGACUACGUGAUCCGUCCCGCAGCUCCCCCUGCAGAUUUGACACUGGAAGUCCAGUAUGAUGCAGAUCGGCAUCUUUUUAUUGACUUUCUACCAUCCGUGACACUGGGGGACAUCGUCCUCGUUGCCAAACCUCACCGACUGGCCCAGAAUGACAACUUGUGGCGCCUGAGCCUGCGGCCGGCAGAAACAGCUCGCCUCCACGCCCUGGACCAGGGUGAUUCUGGUUGCCGCUGCUUGUGCCUCAAGAUCUUCAAAGCAGUAUGCAAGUUGAACCCAGCUCUUGGCCACCUCACUGCCAGCCAGCUCACCAAUGUCAUCCUGCACCUCUCCCAGGAGGAGUCUGACUGGUCCCAGGACAUGCUGGCUGAUCGCUUCUUGCAGGCACUGAAGGGGCUAAUCCGCUACUUGGAGGCAGGUGUCCUCCCUAGUGCCCUGAACCCCAAGGUGAACUUGUUUUCAGAGCUCACCCCUGAAGAAGUGGAUGAGUUGGGCUACACCCUCUACAGCUCUCUGUCGGAGCCAGAGGUCUUGCUGCAGACGUAAUGGGGCCUUACCUAGGGAAGUGUUGAUAGGGUUUAGCCAAUGCAGACUUUGAUUACUGCGAAUUAUGUCUCCUCCACUUCUCCCUAUCUCCCUCUCUCUCUCUUCACCACUCCCCCCUUUUGGUUCAUUAGUAAUUCCUGCUGUGGAGUUGGUGCUCCCACUGAAUUUCUUGGUGCUACUGGUCCAUUUCCACCAUCUCUCUGCCCCAACAGGUACCUAUUGGCUAGGGAAGAGAGGCUAAAACUGCAGCUCUGAGAUCUUCACAUAAAUCCUGCUGAGUUUUAAGUGUCUACCAAAAAAUAAACCAAACUAUGCACUUC